CUCGUAGUCAGGUAUAAAACAUACUUUUUUACUAUUAUUAUUAUUAUUAUUAUUUAUAUUUUAUACCAUGACAGAAAUAGAAGAAGAAGAUAAAAUAAGGAAACUACAGUUCAUCAAGACUUUAAUUAUAGACAAUUACGAUUCUUACACUUUCAAUUUACUACAGCUUUUUGAUAAUGACAAGAAUGUGAUGGUCAUUCGUAAUGAUCAGUUUACUUGGAAAGAAUUUACUACAAAAAUUUUACCUUAUUUUGAUAAUAUCAUUAUUUCUCCAGGUCCUGGAAGACCAGAAAGAAGUCAGGACUUUGGUAUUUGUACACAACUUUUAGAGGCACAGUUAAAUUCAGAGCAUCCUGAGUAUCAUCGACCUAUCUUUGGUAUAUGUUUGGGACAUCAAGGUAUUGGCCAUUUAUUUGGUGGGAAGGUAAUUCACGCCCCAAGAAUUAUGCACGGUCGAAUGUCACAAAUUCAUCACAAAAAGGGUGAAAAUGUGUUAUUUGGUGAUCUCUUUCAUAAUUGUCCCUCAUCGUUUUGGGCUGUACGCUAUCAUUCUCUUGUAGUGGAUAAGAACUCUUUGCCAAAUGAUCUUGUUUUGACAGCUUUUUGCUAUGAAAACGAUGCAGAUAUACAUGCAUUAAAGAAUGCUUCCUUUUUAGCAGAUACUGAAGAGAGUGAUAAUAGCAUAAAAGAAAAUAAUCGUCGUCAUCAUUUCUUGAAACAUACUGAUGACGAGUUAUCAUUAGAUAAUAAUCAACAAAUAACGAUUAUGGGAUUUCAGCAUAAAACUCUGCCUAUUUGGGGAGUACAAUUUCAUCCAGAAUCUGUUUCAACUGAAUGUGGAGAGAAGAUGAUAUUUAAUUUCCAAAAGGAGACCUAUCAUUGGUUACUAGUCAAUGAUAAUCGUACUUUAUCAGAAUCCUUUUUAAGUCCUGAAUUAUUAUCUUAUUCAGUUACAUCAUCUAAACCAAUCAUAAACCAAAUACAAUCAAUGAAUCCAAAGAUGAAAUUAUAUAUCAAGACGAGCUCUGCUAAUUGGGUUGAACCUGAAGCAUUCGUAAAUGAUUUUUUGUCAAAUAAGUCCAAUUUAGAUAAAUCGUAUAUUGGGUGGUUAGAUAGUAGUCGAAAGUCGUCUCCCUAUUCGCAAUAUUCACUCCUUUCGAUCGAUCCUGCCAUGAUAGUAUCCUAUUCUACAUUACAUAGAGAAGUACGUAUAAAUAAGCGUGAUGAAGCAGCAGCAGCAGCAGCAACAACAACAACAAUAGACUAUCUUGAGAAGGAAGCUACAUUUUUUGAUUAUAUUGCCAACAUGCUCAAUCAGUGCAAUCAAAUCGAUCUUCAUCCUAUUGAUGAUGAUGCAAGGCAGAUAAAUGAUAGUAGGUUACUAGAAUUUCAAGGUGGUCUGAUUGGCUAUUUUGGAUAUGAAAUGAAACGAGAAAGUAUGGAGGGCUAUCGAACACCUAAAGAACAGCAUUGUUCAUGUUCACAUCAAGGACAACAGAAUUGCUGUUUAUGUAUAGAGGAACCUGAUGCUGCAUUUCAGUUUGUGGAUCGGUUCUUCAUCUUUGAUCAAAAUCAACAGAAAGUCUAUUUAUGUUGUUUAGUAAUAGAUCCUCAUCCAGAUAUCACUUUAUCUUCUUUAUUUGAUGGCAUCUUUCAGCAACAUGAGGAGGCUAUGGCAUGGAUUGACGCUCAAGAAGAAUGCAUGGCAAAGGUUGCAGAUGGGGUCCAUCAUCAUGAAUCUGUUCAUAGUUUUACUAAAAUAACGCCUUCUUCUUCUUCUUCGACUUUGACUCCUUAUUUAGCUAGUCUUCAGGAUUCUACAAUGACAUCUGAUGAACAAGGUCUUUUUAAAGCUGAUACUGAGCAUAAAUCCUAUCUUAAAGCGAUUGAAUCAUGUAUUGAUCAUAUUCGAGAAGGUGAAUCUUAUGAAAUUUGUUUAACAACUCGGUUUCGAUUGGAACUAUCAAGGAAGCAAAUGAACCAUGAUGCACUAUGGCAACUUUAUACCUAUUAUUUACGAAAAAACAAUCCAGCCCCCUUUUCAGCUCUACUUAUGUUUCCUCAACUGAGUUUGUUAAGUUCAAGUCCAGAGAGGUUCUUAAAGAUAAAAGAUGGCAUUGCUGAGAUGAAACCGAUCAAAGGGACAGUGGGUCGUGUCUUGAGCUGUGUCUGUCCAAACGGUCAAUGUGAUUUAGGAAAACGAUGUCAAGAAAGGAAGACUACGGAAGAUAAUGUACGAAAGCAACAAUUAUGGCAAGAUGUGAAAGAAAGAGCUGAAAAUUUAAUGAUUGUAGACUUGAUUCGUAAUGAUUUAGCUCAAGUAUGUGAGCCUAGUAGUGUACGAGUACCCAAAUUAAUGCAUGUAGAAACUUAUGAAAAAGUACAUCACCUUGUAUCCACGAUUAGAGGUAAUUUACGAUCUGAUGUAAAUACUGUGGAUGCUCUACGAAAAUGUUUCCCUCCUGGAUCUAUGACGGGUGCUCCUAAAUUAAGGUCGGUGCAGAUCUUGGAUGAGCUUGAGCGUCAUCGUCCACGUGGUGUCUAUUCUGGCUGUUUAGGCUAUUUUUCUCUUGGGAAUGGGAACGCGGAUUUUAAUGUCGUUAUUCGAACUGCUGUUGCUUCUAUGAAAUCAAAUGACUCUAUAAAGAUUUCAGUAGGCGGUGGAGGCGCAAUUACUUAUUUAUCAAAUCCUGAACAAGAAUGGAAAGAGACGUUAUUAAAAACAAAGAGCGUUGCCCCAAGUAUAAAAGAAUAUAUCGAUAAUCAUAAAUAGAAUUGUAAAUAUCAGUUAAUUAAAAUAGACUUUAUUAGAUAUAAUAAAAUAUAUGUGGUUUUUUUUUUCUUUCAAUUAUUGUUAUUAAAUUAUAUGUAGUGUAUAUGUAUAUAUAUGUAUAUGUAUAUGUAUAUGUAU